GACCUGGAACAACACAAAGCAAGGGUGCAGACCAUAGGAAAGCUUUCAUUGAGAAUCCAUCAAGGUAUAGGCAAAUUAAAAACAAACAAACAAACAAAGAAACCCCACAGAAUGGAACUCUGGAACACCUCCUUCAGAAGUGGCUUCAUCUUGAUGGGCAUUCUGAAUGACAGUGGGUCUCCUGAACUGCUCUGUGCCAUAAUUGCAGUCCUGUACAUGUUGGCCCUGACUAGCAAUGGCCUGUUACUCCUGGUCAUCACAAUGGAUGUACGACUCCAUGCGCCCAUGUACCUCCUGCUCGGGCAGCUCUCCCUCACGGACCUCCUCUUCACAUCUGUUGUCACUCCCAAGACCCUUGUGGAUUUUCUGCACCAAGAAAACACCAUCUCCUUUGGAGGCUGUGCCCUUCAGAUGUUCUUAGCAUUAACAUUGGGUAGUACAGAGGACCUUCUUCUGGCUUUCAUGGCCUAUGACAGGUAUGUGGCCAUUUGCCAUCCUCUGAACUACAUGGUCCUCAUGAGGCCGAGGGUCUGCUGGCUCAUGGUGGUCACUAUCUGGAUCCUGGCAUCCCUGAGUUCUCUAGGACACACCUUGUAUACCAUGCAUUUCCCUUUCUGCAUGUCCCGGGAAAUCAGGCACCUGCUCUGUGAGAUACCACCUCUGCUGAAGUUGGCCUGUGCUGAUACUUCCAGAUAUGAGCUCAUGGUGUAUGUGACAGGUGUGACUUUCCUCUUAAUUCCCGUCUCUGUCAUUGUUGCUUCCUACAUAUUAAUCUUAUUUACUGUGCUCCACAUGUCCUCAAAUGAGGGAAGGCAGAAAGCCCUUGUCACAUGCUCUUCCCACCUUACUGUGGUUGGGAUGUUCUAUGGAACUGCCACAUUCAUGUAUGUCUUGCCCAGUUCUUUCCACAGCCCCAAGCAGGACAACAUCGUCUCUGUUUUCUACACAAUUGUCACCCCAGCCCUGAACCCUCUCAUCUACAGCCUGAGGAAUAAGGAGGUCAUAGGGGCCCUGAGGAGGGUCUUGGGAAAAUAUAUGUUGCAGAUACCCUCCACAUUCUAGGACAGGCUCAUGGCUUGCCUUUCUCCAUUCUUUCUCCAAAUCAGAGGAUUUGUGCUAUGAAGCAUGUAUUCACAUAAGGCCAACAUUACCACUUGCUGUCAAGUCGAUUCAAACUCUUGGUGACCCCAUGUGUGCAGAGUAGAGCUGUGCUCCAUAGGAUUUGCAGAGCUAUGACCUUUCAGAAG